GAUUUGAUUUCAUUUAUAUUGACAGAGGAGUACAAAGAAAACAAUAACGAGUCACAUUAACCAUCUGUCAUCCCCUCCCUUCCCCUGCCCACACUCAGUCAUGAACUUGAAUGCCGAAGAACUACAAGAGAAGAAGUGUAAAAGCUCAGUAAAUGAGAUACAAUUAAACUAGCUUAAACGUGUUGAAACAGGUCUGUAGAUAGUAUCACUCUUUAUGCUUUGGGCUAUUGCUGUGUAAAUAUAAUAUGCCUCACGGAACCACAACAUGGGGAUACUGUAUUUCCAUGGCAUGUCGAUGUCUGCUGUAGACUUGUAGACUAUCUGAUAACUAAAAGUGUUAUCAGAUAUACACACUGCAAGUGAAUGAAUGAGACAUGAACACUGCUAGUGAAUGAACGCGACAUAAAUACUAAUAGUGAAUGCGACUAGCUUUAGCUAGAUAAACCAAGCAGGGGGGGAAAUGUAACACAGGGCUAUACUGUACAUACAUUUUUGUAAUAUAAUUGAGCAUGAAUUGAUAUAAGCCUGAGAGACAUGAGAGACCUGCUGCUUUGUUGGCUUUGUAACACAUUUCAUUAUGGAAAUCAUCAGGCCAACUGCAUAUAAUAGAGCUUGACAGCACCUGUUUGUGUCUAUUUAUUUGGACCCCAUAUUGUGAGGUAUUUCACACUAUCAUUAUAGGGCCAAAAGCAAAUGGGUGCAAACACAGAAACAGAUUAACAGACCCUCACUUUGCAGGGAGCAAACAACCCAGCAUGCUGACUGGAUCACAGGCACACACACAAACACAUGCAUGCACACAGAGACACUCACACAGAGACACUCACACAGAGACACUCACACAGAGACACACACAGAGACACACACACAGAGACACACACACAAACACAUGCAUGCAUGCACACAGAGACACUCACACAGAGACACUCACACAGAGACACUCACACAGAGACACUCACACAGAGACACACACACAGAGACACCAUGCAUGCAUGCACACAGAGACACUCACACACACACACACACACACACACACACACACACACACACACACACACACACACACAGAGACACACACACACACACACACACACACACACACACACACACACACACACACACACACACACACACACACACACACACACACACACACACACACACACACACACACACACACUGCAAGAUCUCUCCCUGAGUAACAUUUCAAUACAGGACCUGCAGCUGUUUAUAAUGUAGUAGUUUCCUCUUGAACCAGUAGUUUUGCUCCUGUUUACAACAUAGCCUAUAUACAGUGCAUUCGGAAAGUAUUCAGACCCCUUGACUUUUUACACAUUUUGUUACGUUACAACCUUAUUCUAAAAUUGAUUAAAUACAUGUUUUCCCUCCUCAUCAAUCUAGACACAAUAGUGACAAAGCGAAAAUAGGUUUUUAGAAAUGUUUGCAAAUGUGUUAAAAAUAAAAAACAGAAAUACCUUAUUUAUAUAAGUACUCAGACCCAUUGCUAUGACACUCGAAAUUGAGUUCAGGUUCAUCCUGUUUCCAUUGAUCAUCCUUGAGAUGUUUCUACAACUUGAUUGGAGUCCACCUGUGGUAAAUUCAAUUGAUUGGACAUGAUUUGGAAAGACACACACCUUCUAUAUAAGAUCUGCAGAAGGGUACCAAAAAAUGUUUGCAGCAUUGAAGGUCCCCAAGAACACAGUGGUCUCCAUCAUUCUUAAAUGGAAGAAGUUUGGAACAACCAAGACUACUCCUAGAGCCAAACUGAGCAAUCGGGGGAGAACGGCCUUGGUCAGGGAGUUGACCAAGAACCUGAUGGUUACUCUAACAGAGCUCCAGAGUUUCUCUGUGGAGAUGGGAGAACCUUCCAGAAGGACAACCAUCUCUGCAGCACGCCAAAUUAGGCCUUUAUGGUAGAGUGGCCAGACGGAAGCCACUCCUCAGUAAAAGGUACACGAAAGCCCGCUUGGAGUUUGCCAAAAGGCACCUAAAGGACUCUCAGACGAUGACAAACAAGAAUCUCUGGUCUGAUUAAACCAAGAUUUGGCCUGAAUGCCAAGCGUCAUAUCUGAAAGAAACCUGGCACCAUCCAUACAGUGAAGCAUGGUGGUGGCAGCAUCAUGCUGUGGGGAUGUUUUUCAGCAGCAGAGAAUGGGAGACUAGUCAGGAUCGAGGGAAAGAUGAACGGAGCAAAGUACAGAGAGAACCUUGAAGAAAAACUGCUCCAGAGCGCUCAGGGCCUCAGACUGGGGUGAAGGUUUCCCUUCCAACAGGACAACGACACUAAGCACACAGCCAAGACAACGCAAGCGUGGCUUCGGGACAAGUCUCUGAACGUCCUUGAGUGUCCCAACUAGACCCCGGACUUGAACCCGAGCUCUGGAGAAACCUGAAAAUAUCUGUGCAGCAACGUUCCCCAUCCAACCUGAUAGAGCUUGAGAAAAUCUGCAGAGAAGAAUGGGAGAAACUCUCCAAAUACAGGUGUGCCAAGCUUGUAGCGUCAUACCCAACAAGACUCGAGGCUGUAAUCGCUGCCAAAGGUGCUUCAACAAAGUACUGAGUAAAGGGUCUGAAAACUUAUGCAAAUGUAAUAUUUACAUUUUUUAUAAAAAUGUAUAAAAACCUGUUUUAGCUUUUUCAUUAUGGUGUGGUAUUGUGUGUAAAUUGAUGAGCUGUAAUGUAACAAAAUGUAGAAAAAGUCAAUCUGUCUGAAUACUUUCCAAAUGCACUGGAGUAGUGUCACCACAUGCAUGGGAAAGUCACUGCAGUGUGUCUGCCAACUACAUCAGGCUAGAUGUAUGCACAAUUAGCUAAUUAUACAGACACAUCGCCAAGGCCAUUAUCAACUCGUCGAUGUGAGUUGCCCAUUUCUCAACACAUUUGGCUCACUGUAUUUCUUGAGCGCUGUAUAGCCAACUCCUAUGGCCUUUGCCAUGUUUAUCAUGACAAUGAGUAUAGGAGUUGUCAAGACAGAACAAAGAUCUGGGAUCAGACUAGACUAGCAAUAGGACUUCAUGUGAAAUUUGCAUUAUAAGAGGGGCCAAUAUAUAUGUGUCAUAUCUGGAGGCUUGUGGGAGGGGGGCAUGUCUUCAAGGAAUGAUUCCUGUUCUCUUUGUGAACUAGUGAGAAGCAGAUGUCAUUCGAUUAUCACAUAGAACUUCACUUGAUUGUUUUAUUGAGGAUAUGAAAUACACUGUUUACUAAAAGGAAGGCUGAUUUGAUUCAGAGGAGUUUUUCUUACAAGGAGAUAUUAUGAAGCGGGUCUAUAAUAACAUCCGGGUUGACUAGGCCUACAUAAUCGUACUUUACUCUAUAGAGAGGAAAUAAAAUAAUAUCUAGAUGCAUUUGCUCCUCAUGUCGUACUGCUUAUCAGUAGGUUAUAAAAGCAUGUUAUUAUUUAAAAUGACCACACAUAGACAUACUAUUCCUUUAAGGCUGGGUACGCCCCGCGCCAACUGUUUUAUGCAAAUAUAUGCGCAAUGUAACAAUCGAAGUCGCUUUGGACCAAUCAAAGAUGCGCUCUAACCGCGGGAGAUCCAAAUUUCGCGGGACGAAAUUUGGCGCUAAAAAAGCAGUUCUUCCGAACUCCAAUUCCCUUGUAUCAAGAGCUAAGCUUUUUAGCUGGACAGAGAACCGGACCGUGGCAGUAUCUUCUCUACGGAAAAUCUGAAGAAUAAUCCUAAACUUUGUAUUUCUGGAGGAUUCUGCUUCUCAAGACGUAAACUUCAAAGUUUGCCCAUUCUGGACUUGCAAAUAUACUUGUUGUUUAUUUAUUUAGCUAUUAAAUCAUUAGCUAGCUAGGCAACGUCUACAUUUUCUCUCAACUGGACACAUCAAGUAUAAUAUCGGUUGCAAUGCAAGUCGUUUAACUUCAGAAAAUACUCAAACAAAGGAUAUCUCUGGUGAUUAGGUAUUUCACUUGUGCAUUUUGCACAUCAUUAACUAAAUAGUAUUUUUAUGAAAUUCUUCGGACUUUUAUCAAACUAGUUACGAAUUGUGAGACAUCGUUUCCAGUUCGUAUCGGAAAGACUCCCAACUCCUUUCAUUCACUGUCGUGAAUACAGUUUUCUGGAAUAUUUGUGUUUUGCUAGUAGCUAAACGUAUUUUGAUUUGAACACAGUCGUUAUUUAAAUUUAUUAAAAUGAUGCGGCUGCCCAAAGGCGUUUCUCCUGCGUCUGGCCGAGGUGCUGUAGGAGGGCUGUCGUGUUCACAGAAUAAAGUUUUGUCUGGAGUGAAGACCGAAUUCUUCAGCACCGGGUUAUGCAGUUCACCGAUGAGCUCUGUACGGGCUGGAUACUUCACCCAAAUCUGCAACACGACAGCGGCCGAACAAAGGGUGAACUGCCUCUAUGGAACUCCCCAUGGACCUGAAGCUAAACCCAUCAGACCCUCCGGCAGACUCCCGGCCAAGAGGAAGCUGGACCUGGAGGACCCCCUCUACCUCCCAGACUUCAGGACUCCCAAAGGAAAGGGGAGUGUGGCCACAGCCAGAAUCCCUAGUCCCAAAACGCCCAAGUCCCCCGGCGAGCGGACGCGCUACGACACCUCCCUGGGUCUGCUGACCAAGAAGUUUGUCGGCCUGCUGAGCGAGUCACCUGACGGCGUGCUGGACCUCAACUGGGCCACCGAGGUCCUCGAGGUGCAGAAGAGACGCAUCUAUGACAUCACCAACGUGCUGGAGGGCGUGCAGCUCAUCCGCAAGAAGUCCAAGAACAACAUCCAGUGGAUGGUGGGUGGCGUGUUCGCGGGCUCGGCCAGCAGCGGGGAGAAGUCGUGCGCCCUGAGGAAGGAGCUGGGAGAGCUGGAGAGGGCCGAGAAGGCCCUGGAAGACCUGAUCACGUCCAGCAGCACCCAGCUCAAGGAGUUGACCGAACACGGGGACAACCAGGGACAACUAGGUUACGUCACCUACCAGGACAUCAGGUCUAUAACCAGCCUGCAGGACCAGACGGUCAUCGCCGUCAAGGCCCCAUCAGAAACCAAGCUGGAGGUGCCUGAGUCCUCGGGGGGCUCCCAACAGAUCUACCUAAAAAGUAAGAACGGCCCCAUCGAGGUGUACCUCUGUCCCGAGGAGGGCCUGGAGGAUGCCAGCCCCGUCAAGAACACCACCACCCCCAGGAAAGACUCCCCUCACCACCCCCUGGGUCACACUGCCACCCCCUCCCUCGCCAUGGCACCACCACAGUACACCACUAUCAAACAGGAGCCCCAAUACACCGACGUCAAGCAGGAGCCCAUGGAAGCUGAACUCUCCAGACCUGCGUCAGUAUCCCUCCCAAACACCACCACCACCACCCUCCUGGACGUAGAGGGCCUCCUGGGCCUUCCCCCCAGCUUGCUCCAGAUGACAGAGGACCAGCUCCCGGGCCCCGGGUUCACCCCCGACCCCAGCGCCCCCUUCGUCAGCUUCUCUCCGCACCUCGACCACGACGACUACCUCUGGGGGCUGGAGGACGGCGAGGGCGUGUCCGACUUCUUCGACACCUACGACCUGGGAGACCUGCUCCAGAGCUGAGGGAGGGAGAGAGCGGAUGGGAUUAUAGCCUAGUUACGACCACGUUACUUGACCUGAAGCAACUCUGAACCCUAGUUAUAAUAACUAGGGCUCAGAGUAUAUAUAAUAUAGGCUAUAACUGGUCAAGGGAAAACUCCUGUCCCUAUUCAAGGAGGAGUAGUGUUUUCUGUAGAGGUAUGGGGUGAGGGGAAAUGUUACACUAUGAAGCCAUCAACCUUUGCUUUAGCCAUGUCUGUUCCACGUUAAUGAUUUGUCUAAAACGGGCCCCUUGUGUCUGUUCAUUUGUAUAUACAUGUGUAUACUUUUUGGGUUUGGAUUUAGGGUAGUGCCUGGAUUGACACUGGUCUGUGUGUUUCUGUGCGCUGUGUGUGUCCAGCUUAUGAAGCUCUCGGCGUUGUGGUUUGUGUAUUUGUAUAGUGGACAGUUUGUGUCCGUCUCGUUUCUAUGCUGUGUGAAAAUGCUAUGUGCUGUUUGAAAAUAUAGACACAGCACAUUUUUUUUUUAAUGCAUAUCUGAUGAUCAGCAAAAAAAUAAACUCUGGCAUUUUGGGUUGGGGGUGUUAUAUUAAUAACUCUCAGGGUUUCUUUGUGACUUCAAAAGUCUAAAUGUUUAUAGUGCGUAUCUUUGGCCAUUAGGGGGCAGCAUUGUAUUAUGUCAGCUGUAACUUGCCAGCUUCAGAAGGUUGAAUCACUCAGUGUAUGUUUUAAAACCGAAGUGAAACGGGGAGGUACUACUGUCUCCAAUAAGAACACAGAUUUCCUUUGUCCGCUGCAAAACUUAUUUGAAAUAUAGGGCCCUACUGAUCACGACCCAGGUACCAAACAUGGAGUCUGUGGCGCUAACUUAAUGUGACGUUUCAACGAGGUGUAGGAGUACGGGUAGGGUGUAGUUGUCGGGUGUUCCCAAGACAUCUGUUUAUAUUGGGGACCUGACCUGGUCACUACAUCGAGCCUCAAGCUUUAUGGAAGGUCAGAUGGUGAAGUAUUCUGUCUCCCAUGCCAGAAUGUGUCCACAUCUAAUCAUAGAGCACAGGUGUCAAAGUCAUUCCAUGGCGUAUCUGCAGGUUUUUGCUCCUCCCUUGUACUUGAUUGACGAAUUAAGGUCAUUAAUUAGUUAGGAACUCCCCUCACCUGCUUGUCUAGGUCUUAAUUGGACACAAAUUGGAAGGAAAUAACUCAAACCAACAGACACUCGGCCCUCCGUGAAAUGAGUUUGACACCCCUGUAAUAGAGGUUCGUUAGACGCGGUUCUGGACCCAUAGCCAAAGACGCAGAACUGCAUUCCAAAUGGUGCCCUAUAUAGCGCACUGCUUUUGACCAGAGGUCAUAGGGGAUAGUGUACGAUUUGGGACGUAGCCAGGGUCUUUUUGGUGACUGAUAUUCUCCAUCUACGUGGUGAUCCCUAGUCGAUAUGUGACUGACUAGAGCACAGGUGUCAAACUCAUUCCACGGGGGGCCGAGUGUCUGCGGGUUUUCGCUCCUCCCUUGUACUUGAUUGAUGAAUUAACAUCACUAAUUAGUUAGGAACUCCCCACACCUGGUUGUCUAGGGCUUUAUUGAAAGGAAAAACCAAAAACCUGCAGACACUAGGCCCUCCGUGGAAUGAGUUUGACACCCCUGGACUAGAGUAUCAUGCUUUGCUCUUGGGAAUCGGCAGCUGGGUUUCACAUCGUGAAGCUUCUCUAUCAAGAUGCAUUUGAUCGGUGUUUUGUAGUAUCUGGAAUUCAUAGUAACAAAUGACCUUGUAUUUCCAAGGAAAUAAUCUAGUAAGGAUAAUAAUACGCCACAACAUCUGGGUGUUUUGAUUUAGGCAGUAAUUAAAAUGAACUAAAGGGCUAUUUUAAUUUCCCACUUCUUUUGAAACGAGAUGAAGUCUUUGAUUAAAUGGUGGUUUGUGUGUUGAACGCUCGCCAUACACCCAUAAUAGGGAACAAAGAGCACUUUGUUUUUUUCUGUUUUUGUAAUAAUAAAAAAUGUAUGAAGGCUUGGUGUGGUAGUUUAAACCUGGGAGACAUAGCCGAAAUUACACGCCAUGGUCAAAUUUCUCCCUCUGUCUUUUAGACUGGGCUGUGUUCGCACCAAACUGAACAAAACCCAUCUCGACGUUUUUGAGCAUGAAUUCCAUGUUGGUGCGUUUUCUGCCUCUUCCCCAAUGCGGGUAAAGUCAAUUGUCCUGUCCUAACAAACUUGAAUAUUUUGUGUGCGUGUGGUUUGUUUGUGUGUGUGUGUGGAAGGUUGGGAAAUGGGUGUUUUUUAAAGUUGUAGAUUUGUAGACAAUUUGAAUACAAAAAUUGUUUAUUUAAAAUGUUUUAUUGUGCAUAAUUUUUUGUAACUGUACAGAAUUUAAUUUGUAUUUAUAUUUUUUUUUCCUGAAAUCAUUUAUGUUUUUAAUACUGACGAUUUGUAAAAAAGCAACUGUCUUUGUUUGACAUGCGGCACUUAAUAUUUUGUAAUAUUGUGGUUGGUUUGAAAAGAAUAAAGUAUU